AUGCAGAGGUUUCAGACUGAUAUAUGGAUGUGGCCAAGACAUUGUGUUGGUCCUUCAAGGCUUUGGCUUUUCCAUAGGAUGCGGAUGGAUCCUUAAAUAUUGUGUUUUUUGAGUCUGCAGUAUAAAUUAGAUAUAUAUUACCAGUCCCAAAUAUUAUGCCUUGCGGAAUUUAUUGUAUAUGGCAUACAGACCGCGCUUGAAUAGUAAGUGUGAUGGAUUGAAAACCUCUUCCUACUCGACAUUAUUUUAGCGUGUCCAAAGUUUUGAAGUCUGACGUGAAACUUAUUCCUGCUCUUUAUUAUCUUAAACUAGCUAAAUGUAACUCUGCCCUUUGCCCUUGUUUCUUCUGAGACAUGCAGGUGGUUCGAGCUUCUUGUUUCAACACAUCUCGAUAAGAACAUUAAGACGAAGAAUUUGAUCCAACCAUAAAUGAUCUCGACUUCGACCAUGGCCGAACUCGAGUCGUGUUUACACCUGAAUACUCCUAUCCUUCUUGAGUUUGUUCAUUAGAGCUUAUCUCGUGUUACGGAUGGGCCACGAGCUGAGUAUCCUCUUUUUAACCUUCUUUUAAGCGAAGGGGAACGGAGCCUCCUCCCUCGGGACGACGAUGAAGCGUUCUCGGGGUGGGGGCAGCGCAACCGAGGCAACGGCGGCAGAUCGGGAGGUGCCGCUGAGUCAGAAGGCGGUCAAAUUAGUCGGGAACGUGUGCUUCUCGCUCUUCGUGCUCUCCGUGCUCAUCUUCACCAUCGUCUCCAUCACCUACCAACCCCCCGACCCCUGGUUCGACUCCCCCAAGGCCAUCAUCUCGAAGUCCCUCGCCGCCACCCUCCCCAACGCUACAUUCCGCACCGACGACUCCGUCCUCCAAACCGGCGAGGACCUCGCCCCCCUUACGGCUGCCGAUAACUCGACUACUGCCAUAGCUGAUGCCGACAAUGCCUCCUCCGCUGCCAUAGUCCUCCCAUCUCUGGCGCCGGACUGCGACCCCGACGCUCCGCUUAAUUGCUCCGACCCCCGCGUCCUCGCUGCGAUCCAGCGCUUCAAUACCCGUAUCUUUCAUCGCUCUAUCAUAUUCCUCAGCUAUGAGACGCCCGUAUCUGGAUCCGCCCCCUGGGAGUGCGACGCUGCCUGGCGCUUCCGCAACCACCGCGAGAAGUCCUGGCGACGCUACAAGGACUACCGCCGCUUCCGCCUCGCCCCCGCUGACAACUGCACCUACGAGGUUGUCUCCGCCGGAAAAUUUCGCUCCGGCGUCAACGCGGCCCCCAAGCCUCCACUGCGGCUCCAGUCUUCGUCCCGGGCCCCUCCCUCCCAAAUCGCGGAUGCCGAGAUCAACGACACGAUCCCGACGCUCGGAUCUGAAUCAAACUUCCGAAAAGGGAAAUAUCUCUACUACACGCGCGGUGGCGAUUACUGCAAGGGGAUGAAUCAGUACCUGUGGAGCUUCCUUUGCGCCCUCGGCGAGGCCCAGUUCUUGAACCGGACGUUUGUGAUGGAUCUCAACGUCUGUUUGGCUGCCACUUACAAUCCCAGUGGCCGGGAUGAGGAGGGUAAGGAUUUCCGAUACUACUUCGAUUUCGAGCACCUCAAGGAGUCGGCAUCGGUGGUGGAGGAGAGUGAAUUCUUGAGGGACUGGCAACAAUGGGAUCGUGCCACAAGCCGAAAGGCUGGUGGCAAGAUCACCGUCCUCAAGGUGCCGACGUACAAGGUCACGCCAAUGCAGCUCAAGAAGGACCCAAGCACCAUCAUCUGGAGGCAGUUUGACGGGCCAGAGCCCGAGAAUUACUGGUACCGUGUGUGUGAGGGUCGGUCUGCUAAGUACAUUCAGCGGCCAUGGCAAGCCAUUUGGAAAUCCAAGCGGCUGAUGAACAUUGUGUCAGAGAUCGCAGGACAGAUGGACUGGGAGUAUGAUGGCAUCCAUGUGGUCCGUGGCGAGAAGGCCAGGAACAAGGAACUGUGGCCUAAUUUGGAUGCAGAUACUUCUCCUGAGGCCCUGGUGCAGAAGCUAACAAAGGUGAUACAUCAAUGGAGGAAUCUCUAUAUUGCCACGAAUGAGCCAUUCUAUAACUACUUUGAUAAACUGAGAUCACACUAUAAGGUGCAUUUGCUUGACGAUUACAAGGAGAUGUGGGGAAACACAAGCGAGUGGUAUAAUGAGACGAUGGCUCUAAACAAUGGCCACCCUGUGGAGUUUGAUGGGUACAUGAGGGUUGCAGUGGAUACGGAGGUGCUCCAUAGGGCAAAGAAUCGGGUGGAAACAUUCAAUAAUCUAACAAGGGACUGUAAGGAUGGUAUUAACACAUGCUAGUAAUGAUAUGGUAAAAAGUUUGGAGGCCGAGAAGGAUGUGGAUAUUCUCCAUUUUUGUGUGAGUUCAUAGUCAGGUAAGUGUUGAGGUUCCUGCAUUGUCCAUUUUAAUUUGGAGUUGAGAUAUUCAGCAGUUUCUAUUUCUAUCUUGUUCUAUCUUUUUUUCCCUUUAGCUUCCUUGUCAUAGGGUAUCUCAUUUUUUGGUAAUACAUAUAUCAGUGAGUGUCCUGUUACUGUCCUAUGACAUUUUGAAAUAUUCACAUAUUUUUUUCUCCUUCUAUUUUGUUUGAUCUACUAAGAAGCCCUGAAUGGAAACUUUUGUUGUUCUUUCUUA